AGAGAGAGAGAGAGAGAGAAAGCAAAAGAGAUAAAAAGAGAACACACAUAGAAAAAUGAGAAAAAGGAGGCUACUCAGUGGGUGGCAAGUGUGAUGCUCUUUUAAUCCCACACACACACCUCUUCUUUUCUUACCAAUCACUCUUCUUCUUCUUCUUCUUCUUCUUCCUCUCUCUCUCUCUCUCUCUCUCUCUCUCUCUCUCUCUCUCUACACUACAACCUUUCUAUAGCCAUUAUUCAUUCUUUCUACUCAAUCACUUCCUUUCACAAAUUGAUUCCUUUGUUUUUUUGGGGAUAUUCCUGAUCAAAUCUCCACCCAGGUUCUUCUCAUCUUAUUGAGAUACACCCAGCCCAAAAAGCUCCAGUUUUUCCCUUUUUUGGGGGGUGAUUUUGUUAUUGUUGGUCAAAUAUGUCUGAGUUUAAACCAGAGGAGAUCACUCAUCCACCCAUGGAUCAGCUCCAAGGCCUGGAGUAUUGUAUUGACUCCAAUCCCUCCUGGGGAGAAGCUAUUGCCCUGGGGUUUCAACACUACAUAUUGUCUCUUGGUACUGCUGUGAUGAUCCCCACUUUGCUUGUUCCCUUAAUGGGUGGAAGUGAUGGUGAUAAGGUGAGGGUGUUUCAAACACUGCUGUUUGUGAGUGGAAUAAACACAUUGCUGCAAACUCUAUUCGGAACUCGACUUCCGACCGUCAUCGGCGCCUCCUUCACUUUCGUAGUUCCGAUCGUCUCUAUAAUCCACGACUCCUCGCUAGCCCGAAUUCCCGAUGACCAUGAAAGGUUUCUUCAAACUAUGAGGGCCAUACAGGGGGCCCUAAUUGUAUCUUCUAGCAUUCAGAUUAUACUUGGUUAUAGCCAAUUGUGGGGAAUUUGCUCCAGAUUCUUCAGCCCGCUCGGGAUGGUUCCGGUGGUGGCGUUGGUGGGGUUCGGCCUUUUCGAGAGAGGUUUUCCUGUGGUUGGGAGAUGCGUGGAGAUCGGUCUUCCUAUGCUCAUCCUAUUCGUUGCACUCUCUCAGUAUCUGAAGCAUAUACAUGCUAGGCAUUUGCCCAUUUUGGAGAGGUUUUCUCUUAUAAUCUCCAUCACCGUUAUCUGGGCUUACGCUCACAUCCUCACCGCGAGCGGUGCGUACAAGCACAGCUCCGUGCAUACGCAGAUCAACUGCCGCACGGACAGCGCCCACCUAAUCUCCUCUGCCCCCUGGAUAAAGAUUCCGUACCCGCUGCAGUGGGGUGCUCCGACCUUCGAUGCGGGCCACUCUUUCGGGAUGAUGGCCGCCGUCUUCGUAUCCUUAAUAGAGUCGACGGGCGCCUACAAAGCUGCGGCCCGGCUCUCAAGUGCUACGCCGCCUCCAGCUCAUGUCCUUAGCAGAGGCAUCGGAUGGCAAGGGAUCGGGAUCCUGUUGGAUGGGCUCUUCGGAACCGGGACUGGGUCUACUGUCUCUGUGGAGAAUGUUGGGCUUCUGGGAUCGACGAAAGUCGGUAGCCGUCGCGUCGUACAGAUUUCAGCUGGUUUCAUGAUCUUCUUCUCCAUAUUAGGGAAAUUCGGAGCAUUAUUUGCGUCUAUACCAUUCACGAUCUUCGCGGCCGUUUAUUGCGUUCUAUUUGGUAUUGUUGCGGCGGUAGGGCUAUCCUUCUUACAAUUCACUAACAUGAACUCGAUGCGCAACCUCUUCAUUACCGGCGUCUCGCUCUUCCUCGGCUUGUCGAUUCCGGAGUACUUCUUUCGGUACACAAUGAGUGCUCAGCAUGGCCCUGCUCAUACAAGAGCUGGAUGGUUCAAUGACUACAUCAACACAAUCUUCUCGUCCCCGCCGACCGUCGCGUUGAUCACCGCCGUCUUUCUCGACAACACCCUCGACGUCAAGGACGCGGCGAGAGACCGAGGGAUGCCGUGGUGGGUCCGGUUCCGGACUUUCAAGGGCGAUAGCCGGAACGAGGAGUUCUACACUCUACCCUUCAACCUCAACCGAUUUUUCCCUCCAUCUUGAAUUCAAAUUUAUAUUAGUCUAAAAUUUCAAAUUUGUUUGAGAAUUGGGGGAGGAUUAAUGGGAAGAGACUCAGAAUGUUGAGUAGGGCAAAGUUGUAGUAGUAGUAGUAGUUAGAACUCAGUACUAGUAGUAGUAGGAGUAGUACAUACAAUUAGUUCCAGCAAAAUUUGUAGGUGGGUUGCUUGGAUCUCUACUUGUAUGUAUAUUUUUUAUUAUUAUUGUUGUUGUUUUUUUUUUUGUUACUCAAUAAAUUAAACUAAUAUUUGUUA